GCUGCGCUGCUGGGUGAGGGUGACAGUGGGGAUUUGGGGCAGAGGCCCGGUCAGGCUAGCCUUGGGGAGCAGGAGGCUUGGAGAGAGAUACAGACGCCGCCUGCCGCCACACACACACGACAGAACACGCACCAGGCCCCAGGUACCCACAGGUCACCACUUCUGAGCUUGGCACUUCCUCAGUGCCAGGACCCAGACACUCCCCCCGCCCCCACCGAGAUCCACAGUGAUGUCAGUCACCUGCAAGGGCACCUGGGAGGCACAGGGCAGCUCCUCUUGCUUCCGGCUCCACCCCAGGGCUGCUCGGAAUCAUCCCCAUGCCCGGGAUGUCCGGCCGGGUCAGGAUGCAGAGAGGAGAGCCCAGCCCCGGGCCGCAAGCGCAGCCUGGACCCGACUGCUUCUUUAGGGCUGAAUCAGGCGAGGCCUCAGCUCAGGGCUGGGCCCAGACUUCUAAAACCUGCUGGGGCCUCCUCAGAGCUGUCUACACCUGCCCAGGGUUCCCUGCCCAGACGGGUCGGAAGUCAGGGUCAGGGACCCUUCCCCGCCUCCCCUUGCAGAUCCACUGUCUCCCAGGGGCCUUGCUUGCCCCUUUCCCAGGGCCUGGUGGGCACAGCCUAGGCUGGCCACUCACCAACAACAGUGGGCGGGAAGACCCUUCAAAAGCCCCCGUGGGCACCACACCUGGGGACACCCCUGUAUGGCUCCCCGACCUCCCCCCCCCAGAGCAUGCACACGCACACGUACCCACACGCUGCCACGCCUGUCCCUGGGCCUGCCUGCCUGGGGCCUGCUUCUAGGUCAGGCCUGGGCAUGGCUUCUGGGAGGACCAGUGCCAGGCACUGCAGGCUGGGCCCGGCUGAGCAGCUCAGUGUGUGCGGCGGCCAUGGCUGGGGGCGCGUGGGGCUGGGCCCGGGGGGCCCCCAUGGGAGCCCUAACCCUGACGGCUCUGGCUGAAGGGAUCCGGGCCAGCCAGGGGCAGCCCCCGGGACCCCCCUCCACCGGCCCUCAGCCCGAACCUGAGCUUGAACGCGGGGUAGAGCCUGGGCGGGCAGCCGCCAUUCCCCCAGCUGGCAGUGAGCCCUUCUCCCAGCCUCCUGCCCAGGAGCCAGCCCCUGAGGGACCCAGUCAUCGUCUGACGCCCCAGAGUUCCUUGGAAGAGGGGGCCCUGGCAGACCUGGUGUCGUCCACGGCUGCCUGUCUGGACGAGGCUGGCUUUGCGGGAACGCAGGCAACAGCACUCACCCUGUUCUCAGCCCUGGAGGCCCGGGGGGGAGCGGCUGGAGGACCAGGUGCAUGGCCUUGUGCGAGGGUUGCUGGCACAGGUGCCCAGCCUGGCGGAGUGGAGGCCCCAGCGGGCGGCCCUGUGGGUGCUGAGCACACUGGCCCUGGAGCACUCUCUCGGGACGUGGUGUGUGCACUGCUGCCGUGCUCACUGCCCCCGGACCGGUAACCCGCCCCGCCCCGCCCCGCCCCGCCCGACGCCGCAUCCCCCGUGGCCCCCACCAGUCCACAGAGACAGCCCGUUCCAGCACCACCGGAGCCCCGCUGGCCCCUGGGGCUGCUCGGGACCAGGCUGAGCCCGAAUGGCCCACCCUCCGGGUGGGAACCAGGGUGCUGAGUCUGGCAUCCCCCUGCUCCGUGGCCAGUCUUGGCAGCGGCAGAUCUGCAGAGGAGGCCCCCCCUUGAGGGGCGCCCUGGGCUCGGUGCUGGCACCAAUACCUGCCCCCCGGAGCCACGCAAGGCCUGUUGCACACAAAGACCCCUCUCCGGGAGCUCACCCCCCAGACAGCCCUGCGACCUAGAGGGGGCACGCGCCUUCUGACGGAGCAUCAUUUCACCCUCAGCCUCUUGCCUUGUACACCCCUGGGUCCAUCUGUCCCCCCUCAGCCCCCUGCCUGGAUGACACCUGACCUCCCGGGCCAAGGCCUGGUGGGGGACACUGUGACGCUGGCACAGCCCUGGGAGCCGGUGCCGUGAUAGGCUGCCCUCUGCCUGGGCCCUCCCGGCCACCCCAACAGCCCAUCACCCCUCGUCACAUGCUCCACUCCUCGCUGGCCAUGUCCUGGCCUGAGGUUCUGAGGUUUCUGGCCAAGAAGCACUGAUCUGUCCUCCUGUCCACAGCCGCUGCCCCACAGCCUGGCCCCAUUCCUGCCCCUCCCCCCCCACUUACCGUGUCAGACCCCACCUGGGCCUUCUCCGGAAGCUGUCCCCGACCUCCCCACUGGACACCACAGGCCUGAGAUGACACCUGCAGGCUCAGGUGUGGGCUGCCAGCGUUCGCACCCCACCAGGCUGAGCUGUCGUGCUGGCACCCCAGCACCCUGCUCAGGGCUGAAUGGAGGCGUGACUGGACGUGUGGGGAAGAGGCCCCUCAGGACGGCACCGACGCCGUGACCCAAUCCAUCCAGACCCUGGACGGGCGGCUUCCUCCACCUGGAGUGCCCGCCUUGAGGGGUUCUCUUGCCCUUUCAGGGCCCCCCAAAGCUGCCUCCUCAGAGGAGGCCUCAACUCACACAGCCUCUUGGAGGCUGGAGUCCUGCCCGUCCC